GCGGGCAGGGUGGGGCGCCUCGAGGGAGGGGUCCCAGCGCCGCAGUCUUCGCGGCGCCCGCGACAGCAGCAGCAGGUGGAGCCCCGCUCAGUCGCGAACAGCACUUGGCCGGAAACCCGAGCCACGGCUGCACGGCCGGGAGCUGGCCCGCUCGGCUGGAGCCCACGCCGCCCCGGUCCGACCCAGUUUCCCAGGCACCGGGUUACGGAAGCCGGCGGCCGGGGGACCGCGGUUGGGGCCGGGGCCGGAUGCAUCUCCGUGCGCACAGCUGCGUUGGAAGACCCCAGCCCAGGGUCCAGGACUAACGGGACCUGGCUCGCCUCGGCCGCUACCUAAAGACUUGUGUUCGGGGACAGAUUGGCUGUGGGAUUGAGGACCUCGGAGUCCCCGCAUCUGGCCGGACGCUCCUGGAGUCUGGGUGGCGCGCUCGCUUCACCGCUCCAGAGCGGACAGAGAGGCUCUUUCCAGGGGACCGGACCUCCUCGCCUGGUCCUCUCUGGAGUCCUCGCACCCGAUGCCUGUUGGUCUCAAGAGCCUCCCUAGUUGACACAGGUCUGCAGGUGUUCUCUACUGGUUAGAUUUCUUCUUUGGCUAGGGGAACAGUUGCCGCCAGCGACAUUCUGUGCCCGUGGCCGCUCCACGUCCUGGGUCUCCCGUCCUGCCCGUAUCUUGCCGGCUUCACUGACCCUCAACUCUGCCUUUGCUUGUUGUGCGUGCUCCUAGCCUUUGGUUUUACCGGGAGUGUGCAGACGUUUUCCUGGCUCCCAUUUGGGAGGGCACUGGUCUCCAGGGAACGGCUUUGUGUGUGGUGGGAUCGGGGUCCUCAACCAUGGCCUUCACUUUCGCUGCUUUCUGCUACAUGCUGUCCCUGGUGCUCUGCGCUGCGCUCAUCUUCUUCGCUAUCUGGCACAUAAUCGCCUUUGACGAGUUAAGGACGGAUUUUAAGAGUCCUAUAGACCAGUGCAACCCUGUCCAUGCGAGGGAGCGACUGAGGAACAUCGAACGCAUCUGCUUUCUCCUGAGAAAGCUGGUGCUGCCGGAGUACUCCAUCCACAGCCUCUUCUGCAUCAUGUUCCUGUGUGCGCAGGAGUGGCUCACCCUGGGGCUGAAUGUUCCCUUGCUUUUCUAUCAUUUCUGGAGGUAUUUCCACUGUCCAGCCGACAGCUCAGAACUAGCCUAUGACCCACCGGUCGUCAUGAACGCGGACACCUUGAGCUACUGCCAGAAGGAGGCCUGGUGUAAGCUAGCCUUCUACCUCCUGUCCUUCUUCUACUACCUGUACUGCAUGAUCUACACCUUAGUGAGCUCCUAACUCAGACCCUGCCGAUGGAGAGGCCGAGGCUGGGAACCACUGCGGCUGUGGCUGGAGACGCCCAGCUUGACAGAGACUGAUCGGAAGGAACUGGAGUCACACGGCAGACAGGGCCAUGUUACCCAUGUGCAUCAGUUGCUGCUGUGUGUGUUGCUGCCUUCGCUGUUCACAUUCCACAUGGAUGGCAGAGCCCCUUUGAACGUUGGGGGUGCCAGCUUGUAGCUGAUGAAAUCUGCAACCUCUGGAGCUGCAGUUGCUGCUUCUCUUCAUCCACUUCACUGAGCAUUGGUGCCCUGCAAGUUCACAUGGACUCCCUGUCUGGAUGGCAGGAAUAAGGCUGGAAGCUAGAUGCCACCAACGAAGGGACAGAAUGACUCGGGGCCAAGGCCAGGUCUUCAGAGAUGAUCGAGACCCUCACGGAUA